AUGGCAAACACUCGCGCAAACAAUCUCCCCUUCAACAAGAGCAUCGCCGCCGGCGAGGCGGCACAGCGCCGUCGCGGCCGGCAAACACCGCUCACCGCCGUCUUCUCCGGCCAAGGGCCGGAGUUUGCUGAGGGUAAGAGACUAGACCCCUGUUCGACCACCAAGGGGAUAGAAUGCUAAUGAGAGGUGCAGAAAUGAGAGAGUUCUACGGAGAGAGGGAGGGGGAGGAAGAGGAGGAGGGGAAGGGGGAGAACUGGGUGAAGAGGUGGAUGAGGAAGGUGAGGGGGACGUGGUGCCGCUGGACGGCAUCACGAUAG